AUGGCCGGCGUGGUGAAAGCUGGAGUGGCUUGGAAAGCUGGAACCAAGACCAGCUUGGCGACUGGCUCACUGAAGCCCUUGCAGCUUCACGAGCGCUCACACCGUGGGUGGUCCCCAGACAAAACGUCCAUUUCGCUUGGCACGUGCGAUCAGCCCAGCUUGGGCUCUUACGACGUGGCCGCAAGUUGCAACCGCCAGGAAGUGCGUCCGAUGUUUCUGCAAACCGUGGAGACCGUGGCCGAACUUGUCGAAGCUCUGCAGUGGCGGAUUGAAGAUGAUGAGGCACUGUCGCUGGACCCCUCCCCUCGGAACCAAUACCUCUUCAACGGUGACUUCGCCCCGUUGGCCUUGAAGGUCUUGUAUCCACGAUCCGUGCACCUCAACCGCGGCAACCACGAGGCGCUUCGGAUGAAUGCGCUCUACGGCUUUCAGUGGCUGGGACACAGGCACGAGACUGAGAACAAGUACGGCAACGCUCCCUGGCGGACCGGGAGCUCGGAUGAGCUCGACCGGAUGCCCUUGCAAAACUUCCAUGGAAAUCAAGGCUCCGUGGGCAGGCAUUUGCCGCUGUGCACCUUGGUGAACAGCGCAGUCUUCGUGGUUCACGGUGGCCUUAGCUCGAAGGAGGGUGUGAAGUUGAGUGACCUGGCACGGGUGAACCGUCUACGGGAGCCCGAUGAGACAGCUGAGCAGCUGAUGCUGGACCUCCUGUGGUCCGAUCCAAUGGACUCUCCGGGCUUCUGCACCUCGCCCCGGGGCGGCGGCAUCCUCUUCGGCCCCGACGUCACCAAGCGCUUCUGUGAGGAGAACGGCCUUUGCUGUAUCAUCCGCUCGCACGAAAUGAAGUCCGAGGGCUACGAGUGGCAGCACAUGAACCGUUGCCUCACGAUCUUCUCAGCGCCGAACUACUGCGACGUGUGCGGGAAUUUGGGUGCAGUGUGCAGUAUCACUCCCUCUCAGGCGCGGACGGUGCGCCUGCAGGACCUGAAUGUACGGACCUUCGAAUGCUCACCACAUCCAGAUGAGCCACACCCUGUGAAUAUGAUGUUCAGACCCUUCUGA